CGUCCAAUUCGAUAAUGGUCCCGCCUCGCGGGGGCGGGCCAAAGCGACGGUUGGCCGUUGACCCUGUAGUGACCCCGUCCUGCGCUCACAGCGAGGCCGAGCGUCGCCAUGGCCCUCCCGCUGAAGGUGUCGGUGACAGGGGCUGCUGGUCCGAUUGCCUACUCCCUGCUCGACAGGAUAGCCAACGGAGAGGUGUUCGGGAAUCAGCAGCCGGUUUUUCUGGUUCUGAUGGACAUCCCCUCGAUGUUGGCGGUGCUGACCGGGGUCGCCAUGGAGCUACAGGACUGUGCUUUCGAGCUUCUUCAAGGAGUGACAGUGACAGACCGUGCCGAGGUGGCCUUUCGGGAUGUGGAUGUUGCGAUUCUGCUUGGAGCAACUCCCAGGGCAGAGGACAUGCGGUGUGACGACCAAUUCAAGUAUAAUGUUCGAAUAUUCAGAUCCCAGGGGAUGGCCUUAGACACCUAUGCCAAGAAGACUGUCAAGGUUCUGGUGGUGGGCAGCUCAGCCAACACCAACUGCCUCGUCGCCAUGACAUCGGCACCCUCCAUCCCACCGGAGAACUUCUCCUGCCUGACGCGGCUGGGUCAGAACCGAGCUCAGGCCCAGCUGGCUCUCACCCUGGGGAUGGGCGCAGGAUCUGUGCGCAACGUGAUCGUCUGGGGCACCCCUUCCAGCACGCAGCUCCCCGACAUCGAGCAUGCCUCGGUCACGCGUGACUCCCGUCCGGCUGGGCUGCAGCAGGCCCUGAGGGGCGCCGACAGGCUGGCGUUCCAGCAGCGAAGGGAAACCGUGGUACGGACAGGCUGUACUAUGUCGGUCGCCUGUGCCAUCUGUGACCACCUGCGGGCGCUGUGGUCUGGGACAUCCGAGGGUGAGCUGGUGUCAAUGGGAGUCAUCUCAAAUGGAAAUAGCUACGGAGUUCCUGAGCAGCUUAUUUACUCUUUUCCAGUAACUGUAAAGGAUGGAAGCUGGCAGAUUGUGGCUGGCCUGAGGGUUUCCGAGAUCUGCCGACUGAGGAUGGCCCAGUCGGCUCAGGAGCUGCUGGAGGAGCGGAAGGGUGCCCUGACAGCGCUGGCAAGGAGUAACCUCUGAGAGCUUCGUCUGGGACCCGUCACAUUGACCGGAGGUGGGAGACGCUGGUGGGAGACACUGCUAAUUCUGUUCACCAUCUCCCACUUGCUCUGCCCUCACCUCGUCCUGACAUGUAGACAAUGGCUUCUGUUCACUGGGAGGACGUGGUGGUCUGUGGGCAAUGAGCAUUUCUUGCCUCUUCCUGGUUGUCCUGGAGAAGGUGGUGGUGGAGAGCUGCCUUCUGGAGCCCCUGUGGCUCGACCCACAGUAUAGAUUCUGACCCAGCUACAGGGACGUGAGACCUAAAACAGCCCCAGUAGGAAUCACCGUGAUGUUCAGUCCAAAGGCACUGUGUCUCUCUGUGGAGCUGCAGGCUCAUGUUCCCCAGAGCAAGCGUCAGGAGCUGGCCUGGCACAACAGACAGACAAUUAGGAUCAAUUCAGACUCUGGUGAGAUGCAAAUGCAUUCCUCCUCCUUUAAACUCUCCCACAAUCUCUCACUCUCUCUCUCUCUUACACACACACACUCACACUCACACGCACAGAUACACACACACACUCUGUCAAUCUCACACACACACUCUGUCAAUCUCACACACACACACAGACACAGAUACACACACACACACUCUUUCUCUCUCACACACACAUACGUGCACAGAUGCAUACAUACACUCUGUCACUCACACUCACACACACACCGAUACAGGUACACACUCUCUCACACACACACACACAGUCUCUCUCACACACGCACAGAUACACACACACACUGUCACUCACACACACACACACACACACACUCUGUGUGUGUGUCUCUCUCACACACACACAGACACAGAUAUACACACACACACACAGAUACACACACACACUCUGUCACACACACACACACACACACACACACACACACACUCUCUCUCUCUCUCUCUCUCUCUCUCUCUCUCUCUCUCUCUCUCUCUCAUAUCAGAGUCAUGCAGCAUGGAAACAGACCCUUCGGUUCAACUCACCCCUGCUGACGAGGUUUCCCGACCUAAUCUAGUGCCAUUUCCCUGCUCCUGGCCCAUAUCCCUCUGAACUUUUUGUAUUCAUGUAUUGAAUGUCUUUUAAAUGUUGUAACUGCACCUGCCCCAACCACUCUCUUUGACAAUUCCUUCCACACAUGCACCACUCUCUGUGUGGAAAACAGGCUCCUCAGGUCCAUUUCAUAUCUAUCCCCUCUCCUCAUCUUAAACCCUGUGCCCUCCAGUUUUGAAUUUCCCCCCUAUCCUGGGAAAAAGACCUGUGUCUCCGUGCCCCUCCUGAUUUUAUAAAUCUUAUGCAAGGCCACCCCUGAGUUUCCAGGGAAAACAGCCCCGGCCCAUCCAGCUUCCCCCUCGUGACGCAUACCAUCCGGUCUCGGUAACAUCCUGGUUAGUCACCCAGCCCCAAAGAACUGGCUCCAGCCCUUCCCACUGUCCAAUACAUGACCUGGUUCAAUGUACUGUUGGGAGUUUCACAGGAGGUUAAUGGACAAAUAGUGUUGGGGGGGUGGUGGGGGUGCGUGAGGCGGUGUCAGAGAGACCCUGCCGAACUCCCGCCAAUCCAGGUCACCAAUGAUUCGGGAGCCGGUUGGCUAUUUUCCAGCACCUUCCAAAGCACCGUAAUAAACGUUGGCCUGCCUCUCUCAUUGCUGUGACCAUGGAGUUGGAGCUUGACUCUGAUCUCCAGCAUCUGGAGUACUCACCUUCACCUGGCUCGCACAGAGGCCGAGUCACGAGCUGAACUUUUCCGUCCUGUCCAGAAACAAAGACUUGGGAGUCCCCCAGCGUCUUCCGCGAUCUCGGCACGCUCAGAAAACUUCAAGUCGGCUAUGUUUCGAAAUCUUUGUAAAGUUGCAAAGGCGGUGGCCGCGUUAGCACGCAGAAAGCACCCACAGGCCACCACGACCAUCAUGUUUUCCUGAUCCUCAGGGAUUGACAGAUUCCCACUGGCUCCGGGACCUUAACGGGUUCGCCCUCAUCCCCGUCCUCUGCUGGGGCUCAGGGCUGCUGCUACCUCCCGGCGCCAGGGACCUGGGUUCGAUCCCAUCCUCGGGCAACUGUGUGGAGUUUGCUCACAGUUAGGGUGGGUUGGCAGUGCUAAAUUGUCCCAUAGUGUCCCAGGGAUGUGCAGGUUAGGGUGGAUUGGCCAUGCUAAAUUGUCCCAUAGUGCCCAGGGAUGUGCAGGUUAGGGUGGAUUGGCAGUGCUAAAUUGUCCCAUAGUGCCCAGGGAUGUGCGGAUUUGGGUGAAUUGGCUGUGCCAUGUCACCCAUAGUGCCCAGGGGAUGUGCAGGCCAGGAAAGUGCACAGUUACAGGGUUAGGGUAGAAGUGUGGGUCUGAGUGGGAUGCUCCUCGGAGGGCUGGUGUGGACUUGGUGGGCCGAAUGGCGUGUUUCCACACCGUUGGGAUACGUUUGGACAAAAAUACACUGCAAAAGAAAACUA